GGCUGAAGUGUAAGCCCGCCCACCGGUGUGUUAUAUAAAGGGGUCUCGGGCUCCGCCAUCUUUUUCGGCUCCUCUCUCCUCCACCGCAGACAUGGCCAACCCCAAAGUCUUCUUCGACGUCACCGCCAACGGGUCCCCGCUCGGCCGGAUCGUGAUGGAGCUCCGGAAAGACGUGGUGCCCAAGACGGCUGAGAACUUCCGCGCCCUGUGCACCAACGAGAAGGGCUUCGGCUACAAGGGCUGCGUGUUCCACCGCGUCAUCACCGAAUUCAUGUGCCAGGGCGGUGACUUCACCAACCACAACGGAACCGGUGGAAAGUCCAUCUAUGGCAACAAGUUCGCUGAUGAGAACUUCACCCUGAAGCACACCGGGCCCGGGAUCCUGUCCAUGGCCAACGCCGGCGCCAACACCAACGGGUCCCAGUUCUUCAUCUGCACAGUGAAGACCGCAUGGCUGGACGGGAAGCACGUGGUGUUCGGCAGCGUGGUGGAGGGGCUGGACGUGGUGAGGAAGAUGGAGACGUACGGCUCCCAGAGCGGCAAGACCAGCCAGAAGCUGAUCAUCGCUGACUGUGGAGAGCUCUGAGCACGUGACCCCCUGCUCCUCCUUUAGCCACACCCCUUUAGCACCUCCCCUUCCAUUCAACAUUCCUGUUGAUGGAGACCCCCCCCCCCCCCCAUGUUCUGUUGGUAUUGAAAUCAAGUUGCUGCAUUUCUGACUUUGCUUUAUGAAAGUUUCUUUUGCAUUGACUAUUUUUUCCUCAAAGUCCCAACGGUUUGUUUUCUUUUUAUUAAGUCAAAAAAAUAAAAGAUGCCUUGACAAUGAAA